AUAAAGUAUUUAUUUAAAUUAAAUCGCUGCUGCUGCUGCUGCUGCUGCUGCUGCUGUUUAGUGAGCGCAUCUGCGUCUUGCUAAGUGCGUGUGUGCGUGUGUGUGUGAGAGUGCGAGUGUGAGUGUGAGCGGAGCGGAGUGGAGUGCUCGUGUGUCUGUUCGUGUCGUGCGCGUGUGUGUGUGUGCAGCAUUUUGUGAUAUGAGUGCUAAAUAUCACAAAGAGAAGAAGCAGCAGCAUAAUGCAUCCAGCGGGCGAAAAAAGGGGCGGUCGCCCCAAUGAUAAAUACACAGCGGAAGCGCUCGAGAGCAUUAAACAGGAUCUAACCCGAUUCGAAGUACAAAAUAAUCAUAGAAAUAAUCAGAAUUACACACCUCUGCGAUAUACCGCCGCCAAUGGCCGCAACGAUGCACCCGAUUACCACCACGCAAAGCUGCCACUGGAGCCACCAUCGGCAUCGGCGUCUCCCUCGCCGGAUGUGGUCGUGCCGCCAUCGCCGGCCGCUGUCGCCGUUGCACUGCCCACGGCCAACGGCCACGUGCCAAAGAUGAUCAACGCUCUGAUACCGCCCAAGCUGAUACGCAAGCCCAGCAUUGAGCGCGAGACACCGACGCAUUAUCUGCGCUGCAGUCCGGCGCUGGACUCUGGCGCCGGCAGCUCCCGUUCGGACAGCCCGCACUCGCACACCCACCAGCAGCUCAGCGGCCGGGCCAGCACCGGCCAGUACUCGCCCUCGCCCAGCAGCUUCAGUGAUGCGGCGCCGCCAGCGCCGCCGCCGCGCAAUCCCACCGGGGUGGGCAGCUCAGCGACGCCGCCCCCACCGCCACCCACCAAUCAGAUGUUCAAGCGGCGUUCGCCCGCACUGAAUCGCCCGGCUGCAAUAACGCCCAGCUGCCCGACGACGCGCGGCACCUCGCCAGUCAUACCGCAAAAUGGCAGCGGGAUCAAGGCGCAGCAGCAGCUGACGCAGCAGAUGAAGGCGCUCAACAUGUAUCCGGGCGCGGGCAGCGGCGCCGUCGUUGAGCCACCACCGCCAUAUCUCAUCAAUACGGUGGUGGUGAACGCAGCACCGCCGCCGCCCAGCUACACGGCCUCCAUGCAGUCGCGCCAGUCGCCGACGCAAUCGCAGCAAUCCGAUUACCGCAAAUCGCCCAGCAGCGGCAUCUAUUCGGCCACCUCGGCGGGCUCGCCCAGUCCGAUAACCGUGAGCAAUGCCAGCGGCAUACUGCCCGCCUCCGCGGGCGUCGCCCGGCCGCAGCCACGUGCCUACCAGGCGCGCACCCAGCAGCCCAUCAUCAUGCAGAGCGUCAAGUCCACGCAGGUGCAGAAGCCAGUGCUCCAGACAGCUGUGGCGCCCCAGUCGCCGGUCAGCGCCUCCGCCAGCAAUUCGCCCGUGCAUGUGCUCGCCGCACCGCCCUCCUAUCCGCAAAAGUCGCCGGCGGUGGUGCAGCAGCAACAGCAAGCGGCAGCGGCCGCACAGCAGCAUUCGCCGCUCCUAGGGCCCAGCCCGGUGGUGGUGGCUGGCGCAGUGAAGCCGCCCACGCCCACAACCCCGCCGCUAAUGGCCAGCGCGCUGAAUGGCGCUGUGGUGGGCAAAGCGGUCUGCAUGGAACCGCCCUCCUAUGCCAAGAGCAUGCAGGCCAAGGCGGCCACAACGCCGCAGCCACAACAGCAGCAGCUCCAACAGCAACAGCAGCAACAACAACAACAGCAGCAGCAGCAGCAGCAGCAGCAACAACAGCAGCAGCAGCAGCAGCAACAGUUGCAGACACUGCGUGCGCUGCAGGCACAGCAACAGCAGCAACAGUUGCAGGCGCAACAGCAGCAACAGCAACAGUUGCAGGCGCAACAGCAGCACAGCAAUGGCAAUGCGAAUCGUCAGCUGCCGCCGCCGCCGCCUUAUCAAAGUGCACGCGUGACCACGCCCGAGCUGGGCAGCAGCAGCAACAACAACAACAACAGUGUCAACCAGCCGCCUGAGCUGAAGCCAGCGGGCAACAGCAACAACAACAACAUACAAAUCAGCAACAGCAACUUGGCCACAACGCCGCCCAUUCCGCCAGCCAAGUACGGCGGCAGUGGAGGAGGCGGUGGGGCAGGAGGCAACGGCAACAGCUCGAGUGGCAGCAAUGGCUCCACGACGACAGCAACUGCUGCCGCCGCUGCUGCUGCUGCCGCAGCAGCCGCCGCCUGCAAGAAGAUCAAGCACGCCUCGCCCAUACCUGAACGGAAGAAGAUCUCCAAGGAGAAGGAGGAGGAGCGCAAAGAGUUCCGGAUACGCCAGUACUCGCCGCAGGCAUUCAAAUUCUUUAUGGAGCAGCAUAUCGAGAAUGUGAUCAAGUCCUAUCGCCAGCGCACAUUCCGCAAGAAUCAGCUGGAAAAGGAAAUGCUCAAGGUGGGCCUCUCCGAUGAGACACAAAUCGAGAUGCGCAAAAUGCUCAGCCAGAAGGAGAGCAACUACAUACGCCUCAAGCGGGCCAAAAUGGACAAGAGCAUGUUCGUCAAGAUCAAGAUAAUUGGCGUUGGCGCCUUUGGCGAGGUGACGCUGGUCCGCAAAAUCGACACCUCCGAUCAUUUGUAUGCUAUGAAAACGCUGCGCAAGGCGGAUGUCCUCAAGCGGAACCAGGUGGCUCAUGUGAAAGCCGAACGUGAUAUUCUGGCCGAGGCCGACAACAAUUGGGUUGUCAAGCUCUAUUAUAGUUUUCAGGAUAAGGAUAAUUUAUAUUUCGUUAUGGACUACAUACCCGGCGGCGAUCUGAUGUCGCUGCUGAUCAAGCUGGGCAUCUUUGAGGAACCGUUGGCACGUUUCUACAUAGCCGAGGUCACAUGCGCCGUGGACAGUGUGCAUAAAAUGGGCUUCAUUCACAGGGACAUCAAGCCUGACAACAUACUCAUCGACCGGGACGGGCACAUAAAACUCACCGAUUUUGGUCUAUGUACGGGAUUUAGAUGGACGCACAACUCCAAAUACUACCAGGAGAAUGGCAAUCAUUCGCGACAGGACUCCAUGGAGCCUUGGGAAGACUUUUCGGAGAACGGCACCAAGCCCACAGUGCUGGAGAGGCGACGCAUGCGCGAUCAUCAAAGAGUCCUGGCACACUCGCUAGUCGGCACACCCAACUAUAUAGCGCCUGAGGUGCUGGAACGCAGCGGCUACACUCAGCUGUGCGAUUACUGGAGCGUGGGUGUCAUACUCUACGAGAUGCUGGUGGGUCAGCCACCGUUUCUGGCCAACAGCCCCAUGGAGACGCAGCAAAAGGUCAUAAACUGGGAGAAGACGUUGCAUAUACCGCCGCAGGCGCAACUAACACGCGAGGCCACGGAUCUAAUACGGCGUCUGUGCGCCUCCGCGGACAAACGGCUGGGCAAGAGCGUGGAUGAGGUCAAGGCACACGAGUUCUUCAAGGGCAUCGAUUUUGCGGAUAUGCGCAAGCAGAAGGCGCCCUAUAUACCGGAAAUAAAGCAUCCCACAGACACGUCCAAUUUUGAUCCCGUCGAUCCCGACAAGCUGCGCUCGAAUGAUUCCAAUUUGAGUAGCGGUGACGAUAUCGAUCUGAAUGAUAGGCAAUUCCAUGGAUUUUUCGAAUUUACCUUUAGGCGAUUUUUCGAUGACCGACAGCAGUCGGACAUGACGGACGACCAGGCGCCGGUCUUUGUCUGAGAUGCCGUCAAUCAAGCAAUCAAACAUUUUCGUUGUUAGUCAAAUAGUCACAAAACACGUGCAAAGAGACCGCGCACACACACAUACACACAUAUAGACACACACACAUAUCCAUCCAAAAACACAGCUUAACAG